AUGAUGCGAUGUAGUUUUGAAAACCGGAAGUGGCGAAAACGAGAUUUGGGAUGCGACGCUGCGACGGAGUCAGACUUGGUAUCGCAGCUAGCUAGUGCGCGUUGUUUAGACAGUAGAAGUGGUUCAGAAUUGCUUGAGUCCACGUGUUCCUUCCAGUACUUUUCGUUGAAUGGGGAUGUUGGUUUAUAUGAUGUUGUCUGUGGGCGAGCUUGGAGCCCGGUUGUACCCACGAUUGGGAUGUGCGAUUGA